GUGCCUCUCCUGCUGGCUCUCCACUCCCCAUUCUGCCCGGGAACGACAGAGAGCAGGAUGUGGCUGCUUCGCCCUAUGUUGCUGAAGUUCGUGGUGUCGAGUUCCUACUUCCUCUCAGGACAUUGUAUGCUUUUUGCUAAGAACUAAAUAUGAAGAGUAUCCUAAGAAAGCCGGAGCCAAAGACAUUUACCAGAGCACUACGGGGGGAACAAGAGCUUUGCUGAGAGAGAGAGAGAGGAAGGAAGAAGGAAAAGAAAAUUCCAAACAGCAAACUUAGGUUUUCAAGCUUCCAUGAAGUGUACUAUGUUCUGGCAUUUUUUCUCAGAGCCACCGGAAGCAUUCCUGCCAGCAAAGGUGGUGAGAAGCCACUUGGGAAUACAGAUUAACUGAUUUUUUUUUACCCCAGUUUCCUUUGUGGAGACCAUAUCGGAACCUGCAAAGGCCCCGAGAGCCCCCAAGAUGAGUGCCAAUGGCAGCACGGUGGCUCAGCUCCUCUGGCAGCGGCCCGUGUGCAGUGGCUGGAAACCGGAUGUGGAGGGGGCUGUCUACCACCUGGCCAACUGCUUCUUGCUUAUGGGCUUUAUGGCAGGCAGUGGAGUAUACGGAUGCUUCUACCUUUUCGGCAUCCUGGGCCCAGGCUACCUCUGCCUCGUGCUGUGGGGCUGGCUUGAUGCUUGCGGGCUAGACAUCGUCCUUUGGAACGUCCUCCUGACAGUGGCUUGCCUGCUUCAGAUGGCGCACCUGGUAUAUCGCGUUCGGGUGAAUACCCUCCCGGAGGAGUUCGACCUCCUCUACAAGACACUGUGCCUGCCCCUGCAGGUACCCCUGCAGGCCUACAAGGAAAUUGUCCACUGCUGCCAUGAGCAGGUCUUGACACUGGCCACAGAGCAGACCUACGCUGUGGAGGGUGAGACACCCAUCAACCGCCUGUCCCUGCUCCUCUCAGGCCGGGUUCGAGUGAGCCAGGAUGGGCAGUUUCUACACUACAUCUUCCCGUACCAGUUCAUGGACUCUCCUGAAUGGGAAUCCCUGCAGCCUUCUGAGGAGGGGACCUUCCAGGUGACGCUGACUGCUGAGACUGAAUGUAGCUACAUUUCCUGGCCCCGGAAAAAUCUUCACCUUCUUUUGAACCGAGAGCGAUACAUCUCCCGCCUUUUCUCAGCCCUGCUGGGCUAUGACAUCUCCGAGAAACUCUAUACCCUCAAUGACAAGCUGUUUGCCAAGUUUGGGUUACGCUUCGACAUCCGCCUUCCCAGCCUUUACCAUGUCCUGAGUCCCUCAGCCUCUGAUGGAGCACCAGAGUCUGAGAAAGAGGAUGAAGAAACCCAGGAGGCAGCUGUGUCCCCUGCUCAGGCCCGGCCCAUCUGCAUCUUGCCAACACCCUCUUGUUCCCCGCCUCCAGCUACCACCAACUUCCCUGUGCCUCUGCCCCGGGCCAGGAUGCCCAGGCCUGACAGCGGCACCCUGGGUGAGGACUCCACCAGCCUGGUGCUGGAGGACUUUGAGGAGGUUUCGGGAUCAGAGUCAUUUAUGGAUUAUAGGAGCGAUGGGGAGUACAUGAGGUGAGGGCGGAACUAACACGGGCACAGACGCCGUCUCGGGAUCCUGUCUUCUAGAAGUCCUCUCCAGAACUCUUCUCAAGUUCUGUCCAGAGCACAGGCUCCCUUGGGUCCACCUCACACUCCUGAACUCUAAGGAUCACAGAGCUGCUGUCCCUGCGGCCAGAUGGCGCUCUUCCACAUCCCCUGGAUGACUUCUCCUCUCCGCCCUCCAGAAAGAUCUGGGACAAGAUUGGGGAUGGACAUAACAUGGAGAAACUCAGCUUCAUAAGCCUUCCUCUCAGGAGGAGGGUCUAGAGGCACUGGGCCGGACUCCAUCUUUUAUGGGUUGCAGGACAUCGCCAGGUUUACAUAGCCUCUGAGCCUGGUCUGUCAAGCACGGCUAUGAACUCACGUCACAGGGUUGCGAGGUUCCAGUGAGCUGAUUGGGUAACGCACUUAUGACAGGGCAUGGCAUCCAGCAAGCACACAAUAAAACACUUCACGCCUCCUCUCCCUAUGUUGUUGCUGUAAAAAUUGUCUGAAAGGAUCAAUGACCUUUACCUGUGGUUAUUUUAUUCCCAAAGUUAAGUUUCAAUUUAGAAAGUAGAAAAUUUUAAAUCCCAAUUGUUCCCUUCAACUUUUCAUUUCAAAACACAAGUAACUGUGUCCUGUUCGUGAUUCUAACAUUAAAUUUUAGUUCUCAAAGGGAUUUUA